AACGUUAUAAACAUUUUUCUCCCAACUGCAUGCUAAUUUGGUAAACGGUUUUAUCUCGCUAAAAUAUAAACUUUAAAUUGUUGAUCAUAUCAUUCUACCAGAACGAAAUUUUCAAUUAAUUGAAAUCAUUUUGAAAAGAAUAUUCGUGGUCAAAGCGAAAUAAAACUUGUUGACUCAGUCAUCGAUGCUUCAGUUGUUGACGGUUAGUGAUCGUGAUCACAGUUUUAGUUUGCACAUUGUACUGUUCGGCUCAAAAGAGAAUUACAAAAUGAAGACGUUCUUGAUGCUGUCGCUGAUCACAUUUGCUUUUCUAAUAGCCGAUUUUGUUGCUUCGCCAACAGGCGAUAAUUAUGAAGAUUCAAAGAGUACUUUUUCGCUUAGAUAUGAAGAUGCAGCUGAAAAUGAUGAUGCCAAGGGAAUUGAAAAUCUGAUCGCACAAAAUAUUCCAUUGAUAUCGUUAUGGGAUAAAAGAAAAAAUCCGCUUCCAGCUGCUGAAAAAGGUCAAACGGAUAGCGCUGGAGUUCACGUUGAACACGGCGCCGAUGUCAAAGAUAAAAACAAUGCUGAGCAAACACCACUUGCAGCUGCAAUUAUCAGCGGUUGAUCAUUGCGUAUUUUUGUCUACCAAUUAUUUAAUUCAUUCCACUUGUUUCGGUGUAAGUGCUUACCUAGCCGAGGGCAAACAUGCAUAAAAUGGGUUUCAUUGCAA